UGGAUCGACCCGGGGCUCAACGGCGGCAGCAUGUUGGAUCUCGUCAAUAACGGCCUACGGGAGCCGAUCAACACAAUCAUCUCGGGCCACUCGGACCCUUAUGUUCUCACCGACGCUGGGCUGAGGGACUACGUGCGGUCAAUUGGCUUCUCCUUCGAAUGUCUCGACCUCCACCUCGGAGACCUCCAACGUGCCAAUCUAGGCGACGGAGCCGGUUGGAGCACCGAGCUCUUCGAGUAUCGCUCCACGCAAGGCUUCGGCGCUCCUGGUCGCUGGGUGGGGGCAUGCUGGGAAUCAUGGUCUGGUGGGAACCAUUUCCGAGCCUGGAAACAGAAUGGUAGCGAGGCGGAUACGGGUGCAUGGUUUUUGGCCGUUAGCACGGAGAAGGAUUUGAGGCACAAGCAUACCAUCGAGCGCGAUGGAUACGAUCUUGGGAGGGAUGUGCUAGUGGCUGCAGCGCUUGCUGGGGGCAAGUUUGGAAGUAGACUCUGGAAGGCGGAUGUGGAGUGGGUCGAUGGGCUCAUGCCGGCGGGCAGCGAGGGGAUCAACCAUGAUAUCGCCAUUGAUGGGAGGACGGCGGUUUUGACGAUUCAGCGU